UUUACCAUCAGCUGCCAGAUGGUUUAAAGGACUGCAGCGUUCCCAGGAUUAGUUACAUCUGCCUCUCCUCAGGAUGUAUUCCAGGGCAGAAGGCAGUCGAGCUGCCUUCCCUACUGCCUAGCUCAGGAAGUCAGAGCUGGGGAAAUUGAGCCGAGUCAUCCCGCCUGGCUGCUGCCCCGGGGACCGCAGUGCUGAGCGGCCUGGCCCCCGCUGCACCCCGCCCGCCGCGCCAGUGAUUCUCGAAGUGUGCCUCCCAGAUGAGCAGCAUUCCAGUAUCACCUGGGCGUUUGUUCAAAAUGCAGAUUGGGCUGACUUGGGAUAUAAAGAGUCAGAAACUCUGAGGCUCAGGUCUGGGAACCUGAGUUUUAACAAGGCCUCCUUGUGAUUGCGACGACGCGCCUGCAGUUCCAUGGACCAAGCACAGAGAACCCUGGGCCAGCCCCCUUCUGUCCCCACCUCCCCGUCCAAGAAGAAAAGGACACUAAGGAUGUCUUUCUUUUCCAAGGUCUCCUGGAAACUGAGGUUCCAGAAGCAGGAGCCUCUGAAGAACCUGUUUUUCAUCUUGGCGGAGAGAGCCCGAGACCCCAGUGCUAAAAAACGUCAUAUGGCAAUGAGGGGCCUGGGGACGGUGGCCUGUGAGACCCCAGACAAGGUGAGAAAAUAUAAGAACGUUGUUCUGGACCUGCUGGUGCGUGGCUUGUAUGACCCCAUGAGUUCUGAAGUCAUCCACGAGAGCAUGAAGACUCUGACCAUCCUCCUGGGCAAGAUCCAGGGGAAGGGCCUGGGCUCCUUCUUUAUAGACAUCACUCUUCAGACCAGGACCUUAUUAGAGGAUGAGAAUGACAGUCUGAGAUACUCGGCCUUCGUCUUGUUUGGGCAACUGGCUGCCUUUGCUGGGCGAAAAUGGAAGAAAUUUUUCACCAGGCAAGUUAAGCAGACUCAAGACUCCCUCCUGAUACAUUUACAGGAUAGGAAUCCCCAGGUUGCCAAGGCUUGCAAGACAGCUUUUCAAGCCUGUUCUCCAUAUCUGAGAAAAAGGAAGGACUAUGGCUUCCAGAGUGAAGAAGACCAAAGAAACCCCAAACUCAGCCGGCAGCUGAUUGAAGCUGCUGAAGGCAGGAUCCUAUCUUGUAUAUCUUUGUAUCUCCCACAUGACCUCAAAGGUACUCAGUAAGUGCUCAGCAAAUGAAUUGGGGAGAAAAGAGUCAGAAAGUCAUCUGAACCUAUUACUUUGGGAGGAGUCCAUUAUGCAAACGAGGGUCAUCGGUCUCUCUUUAUAAUUGAUCUGCAGGUUACUUUUAUGCUGUGUAUUCAAAGUUUGUCUUUCCCCAUGAAGUGCCAGUUCAUUUGAAUGCCACCCUAAGGGUAUGAUUUGACAUCUCCUUUUUAACACUAGAUAAAUGUUGAAUGAAUGAAAGAAAAAAAUUAGGAUUGUCAAGUGCUACCAUGCUAAGUGCUCCCUGGAGAAACAUAAAAAUCUGGGUGCCUGUUUCAGUCCCCUCAGAAGGUGGGUCUCUCUUCAAGGGAGGGAGAGAGGAUAGGAAGACACAGAAGGAGAAGCUACCAGAGUGAUCAGUAUGGGCAACUUGUGUGAACGGAAUCCCUCAGGCUCCCAGACAGUAGCGGCAUUAAUUGAGGGAAUGUUUCACAUGUUAUAAGACACAAAGGGGUGUGUUUUCUAAGGAGAGAGAAAGCUGCUAUAUGGGAUAGCCCAGCAGAUGGUGUAAAUUAAGUGGGUAACUAUCUGUGCUUGUCUGCAUUUUCUGGGUUUCCAGCAAGAGGCAGGGAUUACUUUUAUAAUCAUAACAUACAUGCAGACAUGCUCCUUUAAAACGAAAGUCAAAUGCUUAUCCAUGUGUAAAGCCAUGUGCUUCGGGAAGUCUGUUUACUCCCAGUAAUGUGUCCUUGCCUUUCCUUUUGUGAUAUUUUUGUUUUAACCUGUUGAUGACAUAACUGGUUGAUGACUAAUAAAGUGACUUAUGGUUGAUUAUCAGUUUAUUUAUGUUAUUGGAUUUACAUUCUUUCCUCUGACCUUAGGGUGAGCCUUUUGUUCCCCUUUUAUGUGCUAAAUGUUCUUAGGCAAACCUAAGUAAAUGGGUGGAUGCAGCCCAAUUUACUGAGCUGAGAUGGCUUGAUACGCAAAGGCUCCAGUUUUUUACCAAAUUAAUCACAGACCCCAAACCUGACAUAUAAGAUUCUUCAUGACAGCCUUCGAUCUAUAAUUUCCCUUGACUCUUCCUAUUCUUCCUGUAACCGAACUCAACAGAUCUGUUCACUUGGUGGGCCAAAUGAAGAGGCAGGUGCACAGAUAGAGGUGGAAAUAUGUUAACUCCAGAUUUAUAUGACUAGAUGACUGAAACUUAGUAAAAAAAAACAAUAAUAAUAAAAUAAAAAACAAAUAAAAGACACUGCCAAGAUGCAAUGAAUAAAGAACUUAUCUUUCCUUAUGACAAGAUAAGUAGACAGCAAAAGUAACAUUUCCAAAGACGCUGUUUGGCAGAGGGACAGUGAGGUGAAGCUUGUGUUGUUUGGUGCAGGAGGGUCUGCAGAAGUGCCUUGUUCCCAGUGCUGGUCUCCACUCCUUGCACCAGCCUCGACAGUCAGUCCUUCUCUUCAACAGGGAGAUCUGCACAAAAACCUACCUUCAGGAAAACAUGCAAGUUUGUCAUGUAUGUGAUUUUUAAAUCUCAUCUAGGUUUUAUUUUUGAGCUAGAAGCUAAUAUACAAGGUGACCUGAGCCAAUAGGGAUCAUUUUCUUAACUCUUAUUAGCCCCAUGCUCACAUGACUGCCUACAAGAUCCACCUUCCAUUUCCUUGUCUCUAUCCAUCAUUCCCUGGACUGAUUCCAAAUGCCCUUCUCGAGCUAGAACACAGCAGUUGGGAGGAACUGGACCUAGACUUGAGCUCCCCUGGCUGGGAUUCUGGCUGGCCCACUUGCCCAUGUGACCCUGGGUAAGUCAGUCCACCAAAGCAUGGUUUGCUCCUCUGUGAAAUAGCCAUAACAAUCCAGCUUGUAGAGUCACUGUGUUACAAAGAUUCAACUAGGUAGCACUGAACACGUGUCCCGGAGCUUGGCACAUAGAAGCUGCUCCAGAAAUGUUAGAUAAUUUUGCUCCACAGUCUCAGCCACUCUCUAGAUUUUGUUUCUUCUCUUCUUGAAAUCGCUCGGAUCGUCCAUUCUGGCUUGUGGUUUUUGGAAUUUGAGUGCCAUUUUGAUCCCCACCAAUAAAUGUCCUAGGACGCAACUCUGCAUCCUUGCUGGAGGCAAAUCUGCAUCCGGGCCCUCAAGUCUGUAGUUUUGAGCCUUGUGCACCAUGGGUGCUCAAUACAGAGAGACUGACUUUUUUGAAUUGCAAAUGCUGGUGCCUUGACCCUGCAUGAAUCUGAGCCCAAUAUGUUUUAAUAAGAAGGGGAAUCACAACUGAGUAACAAUAGUCAGCUGUUGUUUCCCUGGACUCUUAUAGGGGUGUUGUAAAUGCUCAGAGCAGGAGCAAUGCCUCCUUAUGCUCCUGAGAUGGCUUAAAUGGGCUCUGUUCAUUCUGUCCUAAUAGCCUAACAGCUCCAUUAAUAAUUCUGUGUUGUAUCUUUUGGGUGAUCUCUUGUUAAUAAUUAACACCCCACCUUCUGUUUCUGAGUGUGGUGCUAUAAUCAUGUUCCUUUCAAACUGCAGCACUUUGCAAAUGUUAACCAGGUAAUGGCCCAAAUGUCUCCCUGCAAGAAGAAAAUGUUUUUCAGCUAUGUAGAUCAGAGAGUUAAAAUGUCAUUUCCUUAGCCACGCAGCUAGAGGCACAGGCCUCUGCCAUAGCAGAAAUGUGCUCAGAAAACCAAAGCUUCAACAUGUGAGCAUGGGCUGCAUCAGCAGAUGUGGCCUCCAAGGAGAAGGAGAGGAAGGAGCUCGUUGCCCAGAUGUGACAUCGUGUGUGCUAGAAGGAUACGAGAUUGGGCGUCAUGGGACCUGGCUUUGUACCCUGCCUGCUAGCUGGUUAUUAUCGGCAAGUCACAUAAACUCUCAGAGCCACAGUUUCUUCAUCUGUAAAAUGGAGGGGAAGCUUCCCCGGGCAAGGGAUCCUGAUGAACACACGAGACGAUUGUGUUAGCUGUAAAAUGCUGCUCUGAGAUGAAGGGUUCUUAUUUACAUGGUGGCCACUUACGAUUGGAGCUUAUUGAUACAAGGGGAAGGAGGAAGGGGGAAGAUUGAAGGGGACGGUAAUUAACACAGACUCCAACUUCAAAUGUAGAACCAAUUUGAAUGGAGUCACUUAGGUCAAAGACAAAAUGAAGACAGUCACUACAGGCACUUAAAGGAAAUUAGCACCACCUUACAGGAAGUGUACAGCUCUUCUCAGAAAUCAGCAGAGGACAUCGGCCAGUCUCCAAGGGCCAGGUCUGUUCAUGCCAUUCCUGGACUUCCUUGCUCCCUUGACUCUGCUCCAGAUAAGAAAGACCACUAGACAACCCAUCAGCCGGGAGAAAAAGCCCUAAUAACAACUGUAUUUUAUCAUAAAAACCCUGAAUUUGUGAGCAAUUCAGGACUCCUGGCUCUCACAGCUGGAGGUACCCAGCUUGCUGGUCAGACCCCUUGCAAUAAAGUCAACUUUCUGCUUUGUUCUAUCCUGAGUGCAGGUUGUUUUUUCACAAA